AUGAUAUAAAAUUCUACUCGUAACCGUUCUGAACAAUUAAUAUUUCAAAGAAGAUAACAGGAAUAGUAUGUAGGUAAAUUGAACACAAAGCUUCGACAAGAACAUUACGAGAAAACAUUUGCAGCUUGGGAAAAUAAAGGAAAAGAUAUUGCCAAUUUGUAAUAUACAAAGAAUAGGUUUUUAAGUAGCAUAUUUUAGACUUUAAUAAAUUCGUUCAGAAGCUGAAGCUAAUAAGAAUUAAAGAAGAGAAAAACUUGCUUUUUUACUUAAUGAAGAGCAUGAACAGUAUCAAUAAGAGAUUAAAGCUAUGGUUGAAACUCCAGAAUAGGUCAAAGAGAGAAUGAUGAAAGAAGUUGCUGAAUUAAAACAAAGAAAGGAAGCUGAUAGGGCUAGAUAAGCAGAAGCAGCAUAUAAUCGUAGAUUUAGAGAAAAUGCUGAUGAACUCAGAAUGGUGACUUAGCAAUUUAAUGAACUAUAAGCAGUAGCAUAUAGAAAUAUGUAAAUGAUGGAGAAAUAAAAAAUGUUAGAGGAUCAAUAUGAGGGUAUAGAAUUAAAUGAUUAUAAUUUAUAGAGGAAAUGAUUUAUGCAGAAUUAUAUAGAAGGGAAAUACUAAAAAAGGAGAGAUUAGAAAAGGAAAAGGAAUUGGAACAAAAGGCUAAAGUAGAUGAACGAAAUAAAGUGUUGGCUGUAUAAACAAAAAUGAAUGAAGUUAAACAUUAAAAAACAAAGGAAGAAAUUGAAUAGGAAAAAUAAAUGCUAGUAAAAUUAUUUGUUCACAUUUUUAGAAAGAAGAAUGGAAAAGAGAAGAAGAAAGACAUAAAUAAAGAGAAAAUCAAUUUAUGAAUUAUAAGAAGGAAAUAAAUUCAGAAAUUGCAUUAAAUAAUGAAUAAUAAAAGGAAUAUAAAAAAUAACUUAAACAUCAAGAGAAAAUUGAGGAUAAGGAAAUGAUUUCAUAAGUACUAGCAAGAGAAGAGGCUAUUGCAAAGAUGGAAUAAGCAGAGAAAUAAAGAUAAAAAGAAGAAACAAGAUAAUUUUUACUUAAUUUUAAGAAUAGAACAAAUGAAUAUAGUGUAAAUGAUUAAUUAAAGGAAAAAUUAAUUAAUGAAGAGAAUAAUAGACAAUGGGAAACUAAAGAGGCUAAAUGGAAAGCUGAAGAUGUAAUAAAUGUUUUUAUUGUAAGGAUGCAAGAGUGAAAUUAAUGUAUGAAGUGUAUGCUUAAAGAGCAGAUAAUGUGGAAAUAAAGAAGAAAUUAAUAGAAGAUGAGAAAAAUGUUAAAUAAAUGGAUAAAUUGGAACUUCAACGUUAAAUGGAAUUAUAUCAAAAAGAAUUAGAGGAAAAACAAAGAUUAGAAUAAGAAGUAAAUUAUACAUGAAAUCUGUUUAGAAAAUUAUGUAAACAAAACACAAUUUAAUAAAUUAAAUGGAUGAGAAAAAACAAAGAUAAUAAUUAUUAAGAGAUAAAAAAUAAUAGGAAGAAGAAGCACUUCGAAAAUAAAAAGAAGAAUACGAUAAAAAAAUAGAAUUAGAAAAGGCUAAAGGCCGUGCUUUGCUCGAUGAACUUAGAAAAUAAAGACCAUAUUGA